GUCGCGAAUCUAACGUGAAAUAAUGAAUUUUGUUGUUCUGGAAUAUGGGUGAAUAAGUGCAAUAUUUUAUAAUAGAUUCAUGUGAAAAGUGUUGUGUUUUGUAUUUUCUGUGCAAAAAGAGUGUCAAAAUGGCCUCGGAUAAGAUUAAAGUUGCUGUGCGAGUUCGUCCUUUUAACAGGCGAGAACUGGAGCUCGGUACGGUAUGCGUGGUGGAUAUGGAUUCGCAGCAGACCAUUCUGCAAUUACCGCAGUCGACUCACGACAAAGAAAGAAAACAGCCAAAGACGUUUGCCUUCGAUCACUGUUUCUACUCGCUUGACCCGACCCUCAACAACUUUGCAUCACAGAAGACAGUGUUCGAGUGUCUCGGACGAGAUAUCUUGGACAAUGCCUUCGACGGAUACAAUGCCUGUAUCUUCGCUUACGGACAGACUGGUUCAGGGAAAUCGUACACAAUGAUGGGUGCGCCGGGAGGCGACGAAGGCGGCAUUAUUCCGAGACUAUGCGAUGCUUUGUUCGAGAGGAUAGCUGUACAGCAAUCGCCGCCUGCGCUUACGUAUAAGGUUGAAGUAUCGUACAUGGAGAUUUACAAUGAGCGAGUACACGACCUCCUCGACCCUGAAACUACGAGGCGAUCACUCAGAGUCCGAGAGCAUGCUGUACUUGGACCCUAUGUGGAUGGCCUCUCACAGCUAGCUGUAUCGUCUUAUCAGGACAUCGACAAUUUAAUGACCGAAGGCAACAAAUCCCGAACGGUUGCCGCAACGAACAUGAACAGUGAAUCCUCACGAUCGCACGCCGUAUUCAGCGUUGUGCUGACGCAGACCCUUUGCGACACAGCGACUGGUGUGACAGGGGAGAAAGUUGCACGACUGUCCCUCGUCGACUUGGCAGGUUCCGAGAGGGCUGUCAAGACUGGCGCAGUUGGGGAUAGGUUAAAGGAAGGCUCUAAUAUAAAUAAGUCACUAACAACGCUCGGCCUAGUAAUAUCAAAAUUAGCGGAUCAGUCGUCUGGUAAAAAUAAUAAGGACAAAUUCGUUCCAUACAGAGAUUCAGUCUUAACUUGGCUAUUAAAGGACAACCUUGGUGGAAACAGUAAGACUGUUAUGGUAGCUACAAUAUCGCCUGCAGCGGACAACUACGAAGAAACAUUGUCUACGCUACGCUACGCGGACAGAGCUAAACGUAUCGUUAACCAUGCGGUCGUUAAUGAGGAUCCCAACGCGAGAAUUAUACGUGAGCUACGACAGGAAGUCGAAGCACUCAAGGAAAUGCUCAAAUAUGCUACGGGUUCACCAGUUGGAGAGGAUGUUCACGAGAAAUUGGCCCAAAGUGAACAUCUCAUGAAAGAAAUGUCAAGAACUUGGGAGGAGAAACUAGUUGAAACUGGUCGCGUACAAAGCGAGCGUCAACAUGCUUUAGAAAAAAUGGGUAUAAGCGUACAGGCGAGUGGGAUCAAAGUGGAGAAGAACAAGUUCUAUCUGGUUAAUCUUAACGCGGACCCUUCGCUCAAUGAAUUGCUUGUGUAUUAUCUUAAAGAGCGAACUUUAGUAGGCGCAGAUAGAUCGGCUGAUAUCCAGCUGUCAGGGCUUGGCAUACAGCCACAGCAUUGCCUUUUGGUCGUUGAAAAUGGGGCUCUAAACAUGGAACCAGUUAGUUCGGCCAGGUGUUUCGUGAAUGGUACACCUGUUGUGUCCAGAGUGAAGUUGGGACACGCUGAUAGGAUACUGUGGGGAAAUCAUCAUUUCUUUAGAGUGAAUUGUCCUAAGGAUAAUAAUGAAAUGACGACGUCAUCAGAACCCCAAACUCCUGCGCAGCCGAUCGAUUACAAUUUCGCGCGUGAUGAGAUAAUGCUGAAUGAACUUAGCAACGAUCCUAUACAAACUGCUAUCUCACGACUAGAGAGACAACACGAGGAGGAUAAACAAGUUGCACUCGAAAAACAAAGACAAGAGUACGAAAGACAGUUCCAGCAGCUACGGAAUAUACUUUCUCCUUCCACACCUUAUCCGCCGUAUUCGUAUGAUCCACUGAAAUUAGGCAAAAUGACCGCAUGUACACCGACAACAGCCGCAAGAGUCGAGCGCUGGGCCGCUGAAAGAGACGACACGUUCAAACGGUCUAUAGGGCGGCUUAAAGCCGAUAUAUUGAGGGCCAAUGCGUUGGUGCAAGAAGCCAAUUUCCUCGCUGAAGAGAUGAGAAGGAACACCAGGUUUAGUGUCACAUUGCAAAUACCGCCGCAGAACUUGAGUCCUAAUAGAAAGCGUGGUGCUUUCGUAUCGGAACCAGCUAUUAUGGUGAAGCGUCCGUCCCGAGGAGCACAAGUGUGGUCCAUGGAAAAGCUCGAGAACAAAUUGGUUGACAUGCGUGAUAUGUAUGACGAAUGGCGGCAUAGACAACAUACAGAGGAUGAUAUUGCUGACGCAGCUCAAAUAGACGUGGAUACACCAACGGACCAAGAGGAAAAGGCAUUGGAUCCAUUCUACGAGUCGCAGGAGAAUCAUAAUUUAAUUGGUGUGGCGAAUGUUUUCUUGGAGGCUCUAUUCCAUGACGUCACUCUCGACUAUCACACGCCUAUUAUAAGUCAACAGGGAGAAGUGGCUGGUAGAUUACAGGUUGAAAUAAGUCGAGUGUCCGGCCAUUUCCCUCAAGACCGUAUUUGCGAGGCAGCUUCCGACAGCUCCGGUGAUAUGAGAGAUGACGAUGAACCAAUCGAUCCACAGACACAACAAGUAACAAUCCGCGUGGUAAUAAAGCAAGCGAGUGGCCUACCACCAUCACUAUCUAACUUCGUAUUCUGCCAAUAUUCCGUAUGGGGUAAUGGGGAGCCCGUAGUCGUUCCCCCACAAGUCUCCGCUGAUACCCCCCCAGCGCCUUUGGCUACAGUAUCACCGAGACACCAAUUGCUCACAUUCCGCUUUGAUCAUCGGCAAGACUUCAUAAUACCACUCACGGAAGAGUUUAUUGAGCAUUGUGCGGAGGGCGCCCUAUCCAUCGAAGUAUGGGGCCACCGUUCGGCCGGUUUUAGCCGAACGGUCGGUAACUGGGAAGUGGAAGCUCAACAAUUGGCAAAAGCUCGCUCAUUAGCAGAUCGAUGGGCGGAGCUUACUCGGAAAAUCGAACUUUGGGUCGAAAUACAUGAAUUGAACGAUCAGGGGGAGUAUGCGCCUGUCGAGGUGGCGCUACGCCCGGAUAUUCUGACCGGGGGCGUAUACCAGUUGCGUCAAGGGCAGCAACGACGACUCGCCGUGCGCGUACGACCUGCAGCUAAUUCUGGAACUUUGCCCAUCAUUUGCCAACAUAUUGUCAGUGUUGAAGUUGGAUCAGUAACUGUUAGAUCACGUCUACAGAAACCAUUGGACUCAUACCAAGAAGAGGAUUUGGCUAUCCUCAGAGAGAGAUGGAGUGAAGCUCUCGCAAGACGAAGACAACAUUUGCACGCACAAUUACAGAAACUAGUGAACAUGUCUCCCUCACUAAAAAGCGAGCGAGAUAUGGAAAGGGAGCAAUCGUUAGUCGAACAAUGGGUGUCCCUAACAGAAGAACGGAAUGCUGUGUUAGUACCUAGCCCCGGAAGUCCUAUUCCAGGAGCACCAGCUGCUUGGAACCCACCGUCUGGAAUGGAGCAGCACAUACCUGUACUGUUUCUGGAUUUAAAUGCGGACGAUCUAACAACACACGGUUCUGGCGAGGAGGUAUCUAUGGCGGGUUUACACUCCAUCCUACCGAAAGAGCAUGGAAACAGAUUCUACGAGUUGCAACUUGUCCACCACCACCAUAAAGAUGUGUCUGCUGUGGCCGCAUGGGAUUCCUCUAUUCACGACUCGCAGUAUCUCAACAGGAUUACUGAACCAAAUGAAAGAGUAUAUCUCAUACUCAAAACGACAGUGCGGUUGUCGCACCCCGCGCCUAUGGAGCUUAUUCUGCGCAAGCGACUCGCGCUCAACAUCUACAAACGGCAAAGUUUUACCGAUCGGAUACGGAAAAAAAUCGUCAGGUAUUCGAUAGUGGAUCAACUAACGCAAACUGGUGUUACAUACGAAGUCGUAUCAAACAUUCCGAAGGCGUCAGAAGAGUUGGAAGAAAGAGAAAGCUUGGCCCAAAUCGUUGCUACGGGAGAGGAAGCCAGUGCAGCUGAUGGAGAGACUUAUAUUGAGAAAUACACACGAGGCGUAAGCGCAGUUGAGAGUAUUCUAACUCUGGAUCGUCUUCGGCAAAGUGUCGCUGUUAAGGAAUUGGAACAAGCACGCGGCCAACCAGUCACUAUGCGCAAAACGGCUUCGGUACCGAAUUUCUCACAGGGUGCUUUCUCACGACGCGACGCGUUACAAACGAUUUGCAACGCGACUCGGUAUGUCGUUGAUUUCGUAUCGUCACUGCAAGGGCAGGACGAGUACGAUCAAGAUUCGGGGCGUUGCGUGAUUAUGCGUUUGGACUCUUCAUUCGAAUCUUUGACCGGCUUAUCCGCGGGCCGCUCAGGCAGCGUGGCCGACUUAGCUGACGAAAUACCACGACGCAGUAUGCACAGACAUUCGUACGCUGCGCCAGCUCAUAACGAUCCGGACAUCGUCACGCCCACAAAACCGUUCGGACUGGCUCGGCCAACGUUCCUUAAUUUGAAUUUGAACCUGAACUCCCUACGACUGCAGACGCCGAAUAAGUCGUCUCCAGCGAGUGGAAAAUUGGGUUUGCGCAUGACAACCCUGCAUGAGGAGCCAGGUAGACGAAAUGACGAGGAUUCGCAUUCAGAGCCAGAAUCGGCUCCUUCAGAUGAAUUGACUACGCCGCGGUCACAACGUACGCGUCCUCGAGCAACUCCCCGCGGUUUCUUACCGACUUCAAAGACUUUGGAUUCACUUCACGAGCUUGCGUGCGAAAGAAUUCCCAGCAAAAAUUCACCUUCAAUUUCUUCAAGUGGAUAUGGUUCUCAAGCAGUAUCGUCCACAAACCUCACAAACGACGACACACUCUCCAUACGCAGUAUGUCUGUUGAUGACACACCAGAUUUCGACAAAGUCAUGGAUUACACGCACUUGAACCGGACUAAAAACUCAAUGGCCGGCCUCAGACAUGAGAUAAGUGAACUGAGAAGUGACAUCACAGACCUGAAGAAUGAAAUUGUCGAAUCGAAAAAUGAGUUGGAAGAUGUUGCAUUCGAGAAGGCGAAAACUCCGGUCUUAACUCCCGGAUCGAGGAACAGGAUUAAUCCGUUCUUAAGGGAUUGUGAGGAAGCGAUGGAUAAAGGACAGAUUUUGGACCCGCUUGGAGCGAUUCCUGUGGAAUCGUUGUCUAGUCAUAACAAACAAGAACCGCAAGUCAAUGGGGAAGCGCACGAGACGUCGUUCGGUGAAGCAGAAAUAGAAUCAGUUAGCUCAGAACAGUCAAGUCACGACACACGGAGUCGUGAGACGUCAUCUGUCGGAGAAAGUGAUUCGCCUGGACCAGAUCCUGUAGUCAAUACAUCUCUUCCUGCGGGAAAGGUCGUACGUCGUCGUGCUGGUACGGCCCGUAAUGCUGCGCGUGCGUCGUAUCCGUCUGGACGUACGAAGUCGCAUGAGCACGCUUCGCCACCGCUUAAGGAAACUUCCGCGUCCACGGAGCGGAUUUUACAGGACGAAUCAGAAAGCGAUCGUUCGCACGCAGUACCUGAGUGGAUGUGUGUGGGCGAGAGUGUGCAAUUACGUCUCAGCAGUAGCACUGGAGUAGUUGCGUACGUCGGACCAACCCACUUUGCAACUGGCACUUGGGUGGGAGUAGAAUUAGACGCGCCUACUGGAAAAAACGAUGGCUCUGUAGGAGGGACACGGUAUUUCGAAUGCCGACCUCGACACGGAAUAUUCGUGAGAGGCGAAAAGCUUAUACAGGACCGGCGCGGUCGCAGUGCUAGGGCGUUCCGUGAUAAUGAGCUAAAACGUGCUACUAGCAAAGGUGAAGGCCUACAGAACUUACACAGAUCCCGGAGUCGCGGUGACAGCAUAAAUGCUGUUGGCACUAAAACUAGAAGCAAAUAAGCUCAACAAUCUAUACGUACGAGCGUAUACGCGUACGUACGCGCGUAUAUACGUAUACGCAAACAGCAGCAACCGGACCGAAUUUUUUACGUCCACACGAGUCCAAUUCAUUUUAUGUUGCAGUCUUGUAACGCUAUGGUGCUUAUGUGUAUAUUUUGUUCAAUUGGCAGUUAUUUUGUUCUAAUUAACUGUUUUUUUUUCUGUUUUAGUCCCGGUUUUUAUAUAUUUAAUGGAUAUUAUCAUGUUCCAUUAGGAAAUCAUUACUCCAUAUUAUUGUUUGGUACAAUAAUAUUUGAAUGAAAUGUAUUUCCGUGUCGACUUAGCGAAUUAUUUUAUUUCGACGAUAUUUGUAAAUAUAAUUGACAUCAUUUGAUUUCAAUGUAAAUAUGUGAAUGUGUGUUGUUAAUUUAAUGACCAAUGAAUCAGGAUUGUUUGUAUAGAAUUUUUUACUGUAUAGUUUUUAUCAUUAUUUAUGUAUUAGCUCAUGCUUUUUUGAAGCUCAUCAAUUUGUAAAAAAAAAAAAAUUUGAAACUUUAUCGUUUGACAAAGUUCCUGAGAGCAUUUUAAUAAUAUUUUGACAUUUACCUAUCGGUGGACGGGACUUAAAUAUACAAUGAUUAUAUAUUUUGCAUUUAAAUUUAUUCUCGAAUUGCUCAGUCUUUGGACACGAUUGCCUAUUGUGAUAGUUUCUUGCCAGUUUAGAAAGUUUUAUUCAAAUUCUCCCUAUUAUUUGGUAAAUACGAAAUCGUCCAAUAUCACAUCUACGUCCUUACAAAGACUUGUACUUAGUACAUUAUCCAGCCAUGGACUCACCGAAAUCUUUUCUCGGGUGCAAAUGACAGCGAUUAUUUACGCAAUAUUCUUAUAUUAAACGCUGACAAUGUAUUUUGCGUGUUCACGCUUAUUCUAUUGUUUCGUCGUCGCUCGUCACUUGCGCCACAUAUAUUAGGGUUGUGUAGUUAAAAUUUUGAGAUUGUAAAUUUAAUAUUUAUAGACGAUUCAACGUGCUGUAUAUUACACCCAUGAAAAAAACUUAGUCCUGUGUCAUUUUCCAUCCAGAAACAAUAAAGUAUAUUGAUUUUCCCAUUGUGUGGUAGCUAAUUGGGGUAGCUUAGGUGAAAUCUGAAUGCUAGUAGGUAAGUGUAUCCACAUGUAUUAGGGUAUAUUCACAUCGAUUUGCUUCACCCGCCGAAGCAAUAGAUAUAGUUCACCUUUAUUGUAUAUUCCAUCCUUUUAGACGUAAUUGUUAAGUACACUUUGAGUACACAAUUAGAUUAAACGCCUCGUUAUUUACUAGUGUUUUUAAAAUCUCACUUUCAACAGUCCGUGACUUGCCACCACGUAAAGUAAAAAUAAUAAUAAUAAUAACGUUCGCCUACUAAUGCACCAAGCAAGUUUCCGGCGUGUAAGUUGGCAAGAUGCGUUUUAGCUGGUUUCUAUAUUGUAACUGCUACGAAUAGCUAGAGUGACUGCUGGAUUAUUUUCUAUACAACUUUUUAUGGAAAAUAGCUCUACAAAUUAAAUCUUGCCGAAUUACGUGCCGUUAUGACAAGCUCGACUGAUGUCUUAUUUCAUUCGAUCGCUUAUUAGACGUAUCGUACUUAACAUUCCAUUUGGACAUUUAUCACCUAUUAUAAGUUAGAUUUUUAUAGUGUGAAUGAUUUUUGCAUUUUUACCGAUCAGGCCUCAACUAGGACAGCUCAAUGUGUAGUCUUUAAAAUAUAGUAGGAUGUGUCUUUGAAAUUCUCGAUGUGCUUCUGUCCAAUAGUUUGGUAGGGCAAUGAGGGAGAAAAUCUGUCUUUAAGUAUUGGUUUUAAUCAAAAUUAAAGACGGAUUUAAGGCAAUAAAGUUAGUUGAGAUUAAGAUGAAAUCAUUUGGAGUACGCACUAGGGCUCCUAGAUAUAGGCUAAUAGUGACCUUGACGUCUAAUUUAUUUUAAUUAGAACUAAGCUGACAACGUGCUGUGCUUGUUUUAAAAUGUAGUUAUUAUUUGUUUUAUAGUGUAAUUUGUAUUUAUUGCAGUCAAUUAAUUGCAUAUGAGCUUAUAAAUUCGUUGUAUUAUGUUGGUGACAUUUUUUUGUGUAGCAAUGAUGUAUUGUGUUGCCAGUUUUAAAAUUGUGUAAAAAUAGAUCACAAUUAUUGAUUUUUUUAAUGUGAUAAGCUAAUCUAUGAUUAGGCAGCUACUUGGUAGCAGGAUAGAUGGUUGCAUAAUAUUCAUUAUUGUAAACAUAUAAAGAGAUUUUUAAUAUUUAAAUACAGAUAGUUCACUUCUAGAGGAAAUAUUUUUGCCAAGUAGCAACUUUGAGUCAACCAUCGCUGUCAUUAUCAAUAAAUGUAUAAAAUUCUGA